AUGGCAGGAAAGAGGAGGAGCAAGGAAGCAGGAGCAAUGAAGGAGCAGGAGAAGAGACAGAAGCACAGGGGGAGAGGAGCAAGGAUUCAGGGCAGGGGGGUGCAGAGCAGAGAAAGGAGCAGGGGAGUUGGAGCAAAGGAGGAGCAGGAGCAGGAGGAGCCAAGGAGCAGAAGGAAGCAGGAGGAGCAGGGAGCAGAGAGGAGCAGGAAGGAGCAGAAGGUUAGCAGGAGAACAGGGAGCAACCAUCAUUACUUCCCUCCUUCACGCCCCUCCCCCUCCCCUCCCUCCUCUCCCCCGAUCCCUCCCUCACACCCUCACCCUCCACGUUCGCGAUCCCAUCCUCACGGCCCCUCCUCCUCCCUCCCUUCCUCACCCCUCCUCAUACGCCACACCCCUUCCCCCCCUCCUCACUACCCUGCGCCCCCCUCCUCCCUUCACCCCUCCCCCUCCGCACCCCCCAUCCGCGCUCACCCCCUCAGCCUCCCCGCCUCCCUCCUCUCCCUCACCCCUCCCCCUCCUCACCCCUCCCUCCUCAAACCCCACCUCCUCCCGCUCCUCAACCUCCGCCUACCUCCUCCCUCACCUCCUCCGCCUCCCAAUCCCGCUCCCUCACCCCCUCCUCCAUCCCUCACGCACCCACCUUCCUCCCCCUCACCCUCCCCUUCCCUCCUCACACCCCUCCUCUCCCUCACGCCCUCCCGCCCCCCUCUCCUCCUCACCCCUCCCCCCUCCUCACCCCUCCUCACCCCCCCUCCUCCACGCCUCUCCACCCUCCGCCUCCCCCCAUCCUCCCCCUCCACCCUCUCCCUCCUCCCCUCCCUCCUCACCCCCUCCCUCCACCCCUCCACCCUCCCUCCCUCCUCACCCCUCCCCCUCCCUCCCUCCCGCCCCUCCCCUCCCUCCACCCCCUUCCCUCCCUCCCUCCCCGAACCCCUCCCCCUCCUCCCCCUCCUCAUCCCCCCAUCCCCUCCUCACCCCUCACCCUCCCCCCCUCCUCACGCCCUCACCUCCCUCCCUCCCUCACCACCUCUCCCCCUCCUCCCCCUCCUCCCCUCCCCCUCCUCCCCCUCCCUCCCCCCUCCUCACCCCCUCUCCCUCCCUCCUCACCCUCCCACUCCUCACCCCUCCUCGCCUCACCCUCCGCCCCUCCCCCUUCCUCACCCCUCACCCUCCCUCCACUCCUCACCCCCCCUCCGCCUCGCUCCCCCUCACCCCUCCCACCCCACCUCCCUCCGACCUCCCCCUCCCCACCCCCCUCCUCACCCCUCCCCUCCUCCCACCUCCCCCUCCUCACCCUGGGAUUGCCUCCAGACAUCCGGCUAUCUGACCCCCACAGUGGAACGGAGGCCGAGUGGAUCCCCGUUCCUCAUGUCGAUGUCAUGCCUGGUCGAUUGGAGCGCGCGAGCGCUCAUACCUGAGACCCAGGGGGGAGGCCAGGGGGUGAGGCAGAGGGAGGCAGGGGGAGGGCAUGGAGGGGGAGGUCAGGGGGAGGCAGGGGAGGAUACAGAGGGAGGCAAGGGGAGGCAGGGGGGAGGCGAGGGGGAGGCAGAUCAGAGGGGGAGGCCGAGGGGGAGGCAGUAG